CGCCGCUGCUGCAGUGCGCGUAUAAAGCGGCGAGACUCGCGCGCUCAGGAGGAGGAGUUGCGGCAAGGUCGCGCAGCAUCACGGCGUAAAUUAGUCACGGAAAGCACGCUUCCCGGAGAUAAUCUGUGUGUUGGGAGUCCUCGUGAGCGCGACGGAUAGUUCCUCGAGCGCGGUUGACUGGACGUGUCGCUGUUCUUCAUUUGCAUCCGCGUGCGCGUUACUUCAGUCUUCCUGAGCAUCAGUCACGCCUGUCGGCUCGUGUGCGCUUCUGUCGGACACUAUCCGCUCUCGGAAGGCUUUUCUGACUCGUCAUGUCGGCGUCCCCUCCGCCCCCCGCCGCCGCGAGCGACCAUCUCUCCGCGCCUGACGCGCUGAAGUCCCGACCGACCCCGAGCCAGAGCCGCUUCCAGGUGGACCUGGUGUCAGAGGCCGCGGGGGACGGCGGAACAGCGGUGGCCUCCGACUCCCCGCCCGAGUACGCCGCCGUGCCGCCCUUCGACGGGCUCCGGGAUUCCGAGGAAGCCAAGGGCCGGUUUCGGGUCGUGAACUUCGCGGCCUCGAGUCCGGACGCCGCGCCGGCGGAGAUCGCGCAGAACGGGGACACGGUGAUGAGCGAGAGCAGCCAGCAGCACCAUCACUACGACACCCACACCAACACCUACUACCUCCGCACCUUCGGACACAACACCAUCGACGCCGUGCCCAACAUCGACUUCUACCGGCAGACCGCCGCGCCGCUGGGCGAGAAGCUGAUCAGACCCACCCUCUCCGAGCUGCACGACGAGCUGGACAAGGAGCCGUUCGAGGAUGGCUUCGCUAACGGCGAGGAGCUGACUCCUGCAGAGGAGGCCGCGGCUAAAGAAGCCUCCGAGUCUAAAGGAGUGGUGAAGUUCGGCUGGAUCAAAGGAGUGCUGGUGCGCUGCAUGUUAAACAUAUGGGGCGUGAUGCUCUUCAUUCGAAUGACAUGGAUCGUGGGCCAGGCUGGAAUUGCGUAUUCCUGCAUCAUUGUUAUCAUGGCCACUGUUGUGACUACCAUCACGGGCUGCUCGACCUCAGCGAUCGCCACCAAUGGCUUUGUACGAGGAGGUGGAGCGUAUUACUUAAUAUCUCGAAGUUUGGGCCCAGAGUUCGGCGGCUCCAUUGGUCUGAUUUUUGCCUUUGCCAAUGCUGUGGCCGUGGCCAUGUACGUAGUGGGCUUUGCAGAAACCGUAGUUGAGCUGCUCAACAGUUCUGGUGCACUCAUGUUCGAUGUGACUAAUGACAUCAGGAUCGUUGGGACCAUUACAGUCAUCCUGCUUCUCGGAAUCUCAGUGGCUGGAAUGGAGUGGGAGGCCAAGGCUCAAAUAUUCCUCUUGGUCAUUUUGAUCAGUGCCAUCUUCAACUACUUCAUUGGGACCUUCAUUCGCGUUGAGUCCAAGGAGAAAUUUGGCUUCUUCAGCUAUGAUGUGGGCAUCUUGGCGGAAAACUUUGGCCCAGACUUUCGAGGGGAGACGUUUUUCUCCGUUUUUUCCAUCUUCUUCCCGGCUGCCACAGGCAUUUUAGCUGGUGCCAACAUCUCAGGAGAUCUCGCAGACCCUCAAAUGGCCAUCCCUAAAGGAACGCUGUUGGCUAUCCUCAUAACGGGCCUCGUGUACAUGGGUGUGGCCAUCUCUGCAGGUGCUAGCAUCGUGCGGGAUGCCACAGGAAUCGAGAGUAACAUGACUAUCAAUGGUUCAAACUGCACUGAUGCGGCCUGUAAGUUCGGCUACGACUUCACUUCCUGCAGACCUGCAGCCAGAGGUGGGAAGACUGCCUGCGAGUUCGGCCUCCACAAUGAUUUCCAGGUCAUGAGUGUGGUGUCCGGCUUCGGGCCCCUCAUCACGGCCGGCGUCUUCUCUGCGACCCUCUCCUCUGCCCUGGCUUCUCUCGUCAGCGCCCCCAAGGUCUUCCAGGCUUUAUGCAAAGACAAUAUCUAUCCUGGAAUUGGAGUUUUCGGGAAGGGCUACGGCAAGAACAACGAGCCCCUGCGAGGAUAUUUGCUCACCUUUGGCAUUGCCUUGGCCUUCAUUGUCAUUGCGGAGCUGAAUGUCAUCGCCCCGAUCAUUUCCAAUUUCUUCCUGGCCUCGUACGCUCUCAUCAACUUCUCGGUGUUUCACGCGUCACUGGCCAACUCCCCCGGAUGGAGGCCGAGCUUCAAGUACUACAACAUGUGGGUGUCUCUGGCCGGGGCCAUCCUGUGUUGUGUGGUCAUGUUCAUCAUCAACUGGUGGGCGGCCCUCCUGACCAACGUCAUCGUCUUGUCCCUCUACAUCUACGUCAGCUACAAGAAACCAGAUGUGAACUGGGGUUCGUCCACUCAAGCGCUGACUUAUCAUCAGGCCCUGACACACAGUUUACAGCUUUGCGGAGUAGCCGACCACAUCAAAACCUACAGGCCACAGUGUCUGGUGAUGACCGGAGCACCAAACUCACGUCCAGCUCUUCUUCAUCUGGUCCAUGCCUUCACCAAGAACGUGGGUCUGAUGGUGUGCGGCCACGUGCGCAUCAGUUCCCGGCGGCCCAACUUCAAAGAGCUGAACAGCGAUAUGGUGCGCUACCAAAGGUGGCUCCUGCACAACAACUCCAAGGCAUUUUACACCCCUGUGGUGGGUGAAGACCUUCGUCAAGGAACCCAGUACCUGCUGCAGGCUGCAGGUCUGGGCAGACUGAGGCCCAACACACUGGUGCUCGGCUUCAAGAACGACUGGCGCAUCGGAGAUAUAAAGGACGUCGAGACCUACAUAAACCUGAUGCAUGAUGCGUUUGAUUUUCAGUACGGUGUUGUCAUUCUCAGACUGCGAGAAGGACUGGAUAUUUCUCACAUUCAAGGCCAAGAUGAUUCUUCAGCUGUGAAGGAUGUGGUGGUUUCAAUCGACAUGAGCAAAGACUCGGAUGCAGACUCGUCCAAACCCUCCUCCAAGGCCACCAGUGUCCAGAACAGCCCAGCUGUCCAGAAAGAUGAGGAUGAGGAUGGCAAAGCCCACACUCAGCCGCUGUUGAAGAAAGAUGAGAGGAGCCCGGCGCUUCCCCUGAAUGUGGCCGAUCAGCGGCUGCUGGACGCCAGUCAGCAGUUCCAGCAGAAGCAGGGGAAGGGCACCAUCGACGUCUGGUGGCUCUUUGAUGACGGAGGUCUGACUCUACUCAUCCCCUAUCUGAUCGCCAACAAGAAGAAAUGGAAGGACUGUAAGAUCCGCGUCUUCAUCGGUGGAAAGAUCAACAGGAUCGACCAUGACCGCAGAGCCAUGGCCACACUGCUCAGCAAGUUCAGGAUCGAUUUCUCUGACAUCACGGUCCUGGGUGACAUCAACACAAAGCCCAAGUCAGAGGGUUUGACAGAGUUUGCUCAGAUGAUCGAGCCAUAUAAGCUGAGAGAAGAUGACAUGGAGCAGGAAGCUGCGGAGAAGCUGAAGAGCGAAGAGCCCUGGAGAAUCACAGACAAUGAGCUGGAGCUCUACAAAGCCAAGAGUAACCGUCAGAUCCGACUGAACGAGCUCUUGAAGGAGCACUCGAGCACAGCCAACCUCAUCGUCAUGAGCAUGCCGCUGGCCAGGAAAGGAGCCGUCUCCAGCGCUCUUUACAUGGCCUGGCUGGACACACUAUCCAAAGACCUGCCGCCCAUCCUCUUAGUGCGCGGGAACCAUCAGAGCGUCCUCACCUUCUACUCGUAGAGCGCUCUCAGACGAGCACAGCACCUCAGACUGAUGAUGAUGAUGAUGAUGAUGAUGAUAGACGUUUCUCGACAGAGCUGAAACAAACGGACUCCUUCCAGGCCGCAGAGCUCCACAGGAAAGAUCAUCGUUUGGUGGUUUAUUGUCCUCGGCUCACAGGUUUCCGAGCACACCUUGUUACACUGAUUGUUGUUAUCACUGUUAUCGUUAUUAUGACUGGCACAGCUUUUUGAGUUGUGGAUUUUUUUUUCCUCUUCUUUUUUUUGCUGUUGAAGCAAUAACCUCAUUUCUUAUUUUCUCACUUUGAAGAAAAACACGAUUCUUUGCCACACUUUUUAUAGCCUUGUGGACGUGCCUUCCUGUGCAAUCAGACUCGAUUCUUACACUUCUCCCUGACUGGUGAUUUAUAAUGAAACAGUGUAGGCUGCUUGUUUUUACUGGGUUUUAAAUGUAAAUCUUCCUUGAUUUGAUCAAGUUUUAACUGAGGUUUCCACUGCGCCGUGUUUUCACUCUUUUUGUAGACCGAUUUCUUGGUUGCGUUCUUGUUCAGAGUCUUCCUUGAAGCAUUGGAUGAGUUCUAGCUCAGCGCGCCUCCAUGUUCUUGUUACAAUGAUCCAGCUGAACUACAGGGUGAUUACAAUCAUCUUUCAAGUAGUCUGAUGUAAAACCUUGUCCAGAACUAUAUUAGUUUCCCUAGCGUGCAGCUGAAUGGUUUUUGGUGUGAUGAGGAGAGGCUGAUUAGUGCCGUCAGAUCCUUUCAAACUAACAGUCAACCAAAGCCCUGCAAGCACAGAUCCUGCUACAGACCAGACCUUUGCCUUAACAGAAGAUUUACUGUCUUCAGGCCGUUCUGCUGGCCUGGCAGGCGAAUGCAGACAGAACUAGAUGAACAGAGCAGAACGUAGUCUUGACCCUCUUCACAGUCUGUCUGUUUUCACCUGAUCAGCUGGUUUCAGUCUCUGUUCCUGCUCCGCUUCGAGGGUGAGCUGUUACUGUCUGCACCUGAAGCUGGGUCUUCCUUCCUUCUCUUCUGCUUUCAUUGGUCCGUGUGUUUCUGAGAUUAAACUGGAAAUCCCGGGAUGUGUUAAUGUGUCAUUGAAGCUGUAAGAAUGUAUUGGAGCGGAUGUGUUCCUCUAUGCAGACGGAGUGCGUGCGGCCGUGUAUCUGAACUCAGGAUCGAGUGCCAGGUUUGUCUUUAACGUCUGAGUUUUUCUUCAGAUGUGUGCAGAUUGGCUCUGUUCUGUUCCUGAAUGUGGUUUGUUUGUUGGCAGUGAUUGAAUGCUGGGAUGUUUGAGCCCGUCAUGCCUUAGUUUAAUCUAGAGCUCCCUGGCGUGUCAUGUCUCUCGCAGUAGUGGGUUUCCUCACACCUUUGACACUAGUUUUGCUCACAGGCUCGGUCUGUGUACCUGAGAAAUACUCCAUGUGACACUGUUAGAAUGAAUAUGUUGAUAUGUAUAGUUCUCAGUAUAGCUAGUAUGUGCGCCGCACGUUUGAUCUGAAGCGGGUGAGGCUCCAGACGCUGACGGUAGUCUCACCCGGUGAGUUUGUACAGCACCCGUUCACCCAACAAUGACUAAAUCACCAGUUCAACAGCUGCCUGUUAUCUUGAAUUGUUAAAAUGCUUGUAUGUUAUAUUUAGAGAGAGAAAAGUGAGCGUGUGUCACAAGCACUGAUCCAGCUGCAGCGUCCGGUGAGGAGCUUCUGUAGAAGACGAAGCGUCGUCUUCAUGUGUGUCCUGGCCUUUCUCAUCCGGCAGAAUGUGUUGCCAAAGUCUGUUUCAUGUCUGUUUCGUCUCUCGGUAGCUUGUUUCUACAUGAGAAAACGAGUUCACACCUCGAGGUCAGCGAGCUCCAGCUCUAGUGCACACUAGACUUCCUCACUAACAUGUAAAUAUCUAAGCAGAUUAAUCAAAGGAGCGGAAGAAUAAUUGCAAAUUGAUGUGGUGAGAAAUGCUUCAGGAGUUUAUUCUUACAGUAGCUUCAUGUGAUAUUUUUUUAGUUGUUUGGGUUUAGUCUGCAGAUUCUCAUCAUUUGUCAGUGUUCGGUCACAUUUCUAUCUCUUAUACGCCUUUUAAAGAUGGCUGUGCUGACCGGUGGUUUGAGUUUCCUGCUGAAGCACGAGGGUGGAUCUGACCGACUGAUUGUGCUGGAACAGUAAUGUUUUGAUAUACUGUACUGUUAUUUGUCACAUGUAUGCUUUUUUCUAACAUUUUAACGGUUAAGGGUAUCAGUGCUUUGUACAUCUUUAUUUCAAUAUAUAAAAAUAAACUGAAAUGAUAAUU